AUGUUUGAAGCACGUCUAACCCAAGGUGCCUUACUUAAAAGGUUACUCGACUCAGUUAAAGAGCUUGUAACUGACGCGAACUUUGACUGUAGUGAAACGGGUAUCUCUUUACAGGCUAUGGAUAACUCUCAUGUCGCGUUGGUAUCACUGAUGCUUCGCGCCGAAGGUUUUAAUCCCUAUCGUUGCGACCGAGGUUUUUCUUUGGGCGUAAAUUUAAACUCUUUAAAUAAAAUAAUGAAAUGUGCUGGAAACGACGAUGUUAUUACACUUAAAGCUGAUGAUAGUUCGGCUGAUAGCUUGAGUUUAUUUGAAUAUGAAUUGAAAUUAAUGGAUAUUGAUCAAGAACAUCUUAGUAUUCCUGAAACGGAUUAUGAUGCUACCAUUAUUAUGCCUUCAAGUGAAUUUCAAAGAAUUUGUCGUGAUUUGAUGGUUGUGAGUGAAUCAGUUACCAUUGAUGUUUCAAAAGGUGAGAUAAAGUUUACUGCGGAAGGCGAAUUAGGAACCGGAAAUGUAAAGCUGAAACCGACUUCUACUAUCGACAAGCCUGAGGAAUCUAUUACAAUCGAAUUGGGUCAAACGGUUUCUCUCCAAUUUUCUCUUAAAUAUCUAUCAAACUUUACGAGAGGUACUCCUUUAUCUGAACAAGUAAUGCUUUGUUUGUCGGAUAAUAUGCCUUUACUUGUAGAAUAUAAAAUGGACAUCGGUUAUAUCCGAUAUUACCUUGCCCCCAAAGUUGGUGAUGAAUAG